GCCUGCCACGAAUCUGUGCACCGGCACUGCAGCUCCUAACGAAAUUUGCAGCCUUGAGCGACAGCCGAGCGGAGGGGCGGGGCGGCACGGUGCCGCUAGGCUAUAAAGAGAGAGUACCGCUCGACAGGGGGCGGUACACGGUCGAGAGGUGGCCUGAGGUGAAGAACCAGAGCCUGACAUACCUAACUCAACGAGUCGCAGUGACAACAGAGCGUGUGUGAACGAGAGGGGACUGUACCGACAGUAAGAUGCGCUGGUCGCUAGCGCUGCUGGCCACCCUGGUGGCUAGCUCGCUGGCUCAGGUAGACUACGCUCCCGGCGCGGGGCCGCUGCAAGAUCAACCACAGCAGCAGCAGCAGCAGCAGCAGCAGCAGCAGCAGCAGCAGCAGCGGCGACAGCUGCCUCGGCAGUCGUUCCAGGCGGCUCAGCGGCCGCUCCAGUCUCCCGACUUCGCUCCCAGCGCGCCAAGUGACGGCUUCCAGCCUCGCCAGCAGGCCGACUUCCAGCAGCCUGGACCGCAGCGCGGGCAGCAUCCCGACUUCCAGCAGCCCGGCUUCCGGCCCUCGCCUCGCGACUUCGCUCCGGAGGAGGUGGCGGACGCCCGGUCACCGCUGGAGCGUCAGCAAUUGCAGGCCACUCAGAACAGCCCGCGGUUCCAGCAGCGACCUCCGGCACAGUUCGCCGAGGGCAGACUCGGCCGGCUCUCCGGCGCCGACCAGUUCAGGGGGCAGCAGGACGCGCCCCGCGACCAGUUCGUGGACCCGCGCGACCAGUUCCGUGGUCCGCCGCCGGGCCGACGCCAGUUCGACGGUCCCAGGGACCAGUUCAGUGAUCCCCGGGACCAGUUCGACGGUCCCAGGGAGCAGUUCGGAGGGCCCAGGGAUCAGUUCAGUGAUCCCAGGGACCAGUUUGGCGACCCCCGGGACCAGUUCGGCGGUCAGCAGAAGGCUCCUGUCCAGCAGCAGCAGCAGCGGGCCCCGCAGCCGGCACCAGCUCGGCCAGACAGAUCCAAGAGCCGCUUCAAGUCGAUCGCCUACGAUGAAUCCGACGGAGAGGGCUCGUUUGACUACAAUGACGAGGAGGGACAGCAGGACGCCAGUCCGGACCGACUGUCUGAGCUCCUGGCCAUCUCCAAGUUCAAGUGCGACCCGAGCGCCACAGGCUACUACGCCGACGACACGGUCGACUGCGCCGUCUUCCACUACUGCGCUGCCGGCGUGAAGCACUCCUGGGUCUGUCCCGACGGACAGAGCUUCCAUCAGAUCAACCUCAUCUGCCAGCCCACUGGCGAGGGCAACAUCUGCAAGCGCUCAAACGAAUUUCACUUCGUCAACGACUUCCUCUACAAACAGGUCAACAACGACUCGUCAAACCCGGAGUACGCGAAACGCUUCAGCCUGGACCCCCUGUCGCCCAGUGGGUUUGAUGCUGAUCCCAACAGUAUCGACCAGUUCGGCGCUGGGCCGAGGCAGGGCAGGCCGCAGGCCGGUCUGCAGCAGAGCGGAAGUGAGCGGCAGCGGCAGCGGGCUCCUCAGCGCGGUCGGCAGCGAGUCCGGCGGCCACAGCCCGAUCAAGGAGUCGUGAGGCAGCAGGCUAGCGUCCCAGACUUUGACGAGCCGAGUGCAUCCAGACCGGGCAUCCCAAAGCAGCAGAUCACAUCGCCAGACUUCCAACAACGUAAACAGGGCAGACCGAACUUCGGAGGACCCAGUGGACCGAGUUUCGGAGGACCUGCGCCACCCAGUGGACCGAGUUUCGGAGGGCCCGCGCCACCUAGUGGACCGGGCUUUGGAGGACCCGCGCCGACCGGUUUCGGAGGACCCCGAGGUAUUCCGCAAGGGUUCCCCGAGGCUCAAGGUAUUCCUCCCGAGUUCGAUGGCCCUCGCGGAGGCAAACAGGGAAUCAACAGCGGCCCAACUGGGGGACUGGACAGCAGAGGACCGCAGCGAGGAGGACCUAAUCAGUUCCGAGGACCUCCGCCGGCCGGAUUUGGUCCACCUCAGAUUCAGAGACCUCCCGCCCCUGGUCCUUCCCAACUAGGGGGACCGCAGGGCUUCGGCGCACCGGUCGGCCUGCAGAAUCUUGAUCAGCUGCGUGAUGGACGCCACUCCUUCGCUCAGCAGCGCGAAGGGCAGCUAGGAGGUGGAGGUCCCGGUCAGGACCAGCAACUUUUGGAUAGGCCUCGCUCCAAAGCCAGCACUAAGUCUGGGGACUCACGCCAAGAGAAUGGAGACGUUGACGCCCAGUUUCAGCGUGCUCAGCAGCAACCAGGAGGCAGGCCUGAUGUUCAAAACAAGUUCAGACCAGGAAACAGAGGACCAGGUGGCUUUCAGCCUGGAUUUCGAGGUCUGAGAGGCCCCGGCGGACGUGGUCCCAAUGGUCCUGGACCACAGGGAAUCCCGCCGCUAGGAUUCGGCCCGGGACGACCGCAGAACGCUUUCGGGCCCAGUGGACCAAGCGGACCAGGCGGACCCCGUGGAGGAACAUUUGGAGGACCCAACGGGUUUGUGGGGCCUCAAGGCGGUCCCUCAGGCGGCUUUAUCGACCCUGAGCGUCUAACGCAGCAGGGCCCACUCCCUCGCGGUGCACCCCUCGGUUUUGGUGGUCCGGGAGUUCCUCCGGGCGUCGGUUUGCCUCCGGGCGCAUUUCUAGGCCCGCAGGGUGGAUCUCCCGCCGAUAUCGGAUUUGCCGGCAUCCCGUCGUCUGGCUUCGGUGGUCCGGGCGCCCGCCAGCUGCGUGGAAUAGCUCAGAGCAGCGCUCCGGCGCGGUUCAGAGGUCGCGGCGGCGGCUCCGCUCAGCUCCAGGGCAGGCCUCCCCGCUCGAGCAGCGCCAGCGCUCGCUCGGAGCGCGGAGAGACGGCCGCCCGCGGCGUUCAGUACAUUGACGCCUCUCAGCUGCGGCGCGGACGGGCGCGGCGGCCGGAGCCGUCCGGUGUCCGGCCCCAGCGCUUCCAGUCGCCCCAGGGGCCGCCCAACGAAGCGGCGGCGACGUCCGAUCGUACACAGCCCGGCAAUCCGUUCCCGGUAAACGACAUCAAACCGCAGCUCCGCUUCACUGGCGAGCCACCCCAGUUCUGAGCACACAAUGGAGCCGGUCCGCGGCGACACCGGAUGCCGAUGUCGUCGGGACAUUAACAGCUGACGAGAUCGGCAGCUGUUUUAGUGGUUGUCUCAUCUGUCCUUGCUGACUCCCUACUCCGGAGCCCACACAGCUACGUGGUCUGGAUGGGUGGUUCCGCAGCGCUGGGGAGAUUUGACAAUGGCUAUGUGACUGCAUGUAGUUAGUUACUGAUACGGUCGGUGACAGGUGCCAGGUGACAGGUGACUGCGCCUAAGCUGCGCAGCGUCACGACCGGCGGGCUCGUGACGCGUCACGGCAGGCCGCUGCGGACGCCAAGGCCGGGCCGCGUCACGCAUACGGCUCAGGCUGCAUUAAGUUCCGUGACGGCAGUUCAGACCGGUAGAAGAGGUCAGCGCGGAGGUCAUGGCGAGUCAGACCAGGCUGAUUGUUUUCACAUUAGUGAAUGCGUUGCUUGUAUUUUUUAUAUACCUGUGAUGGAUGUUUGGCAUGGUGUCGCUUUAGCGUCGCAGCUAUGUAACUACUUCCGUUAUCGUGCUAAAUGUUUCAAAAAGAAGUAAGAGAGCGCGAAUGUAAUUUCUUCAUUUCUGAGGACUUGUCACAUGCGCUUAAUUAGAUUUCAAGGUCUCGGCAGCUAUAAGGGCAAAGUCUUCAAGAACUUGAAUAUUCAAGUUAUUUGUGAGAUAUUGGACUAUGUAGGCAUUUGCAAUUGCAUUUGCAAUUGAUCCGACAAUGGUAAACCCGUCAUGUCUAUUUUGUGUAAUAAAAGGUGAAUUGGCUUUUCAAUAAUAAAUGAAGGUGACAUCGA